AUGAGAGAUGCUCUCGCCUCUCUCCUCGAAAGCUUGCGAUGGCUGGGUGGAUUGGUUCUGACGUUCUUUUCUUCCCUCUUCCUCUUCAGCUGGAAGAAUCAAAGGGGCGGCUGCAUCUGGCUGACUCAAGUACUGCUCGUGGAUUCUGUUCGUGGGCAUGGAAAGACUCGCCAGGUGCGCCGCCGAUGUGGUCGACAACCAAUGGUACCUAUCAGCCUCUAUGGGGUGGGGCGCUGCCCUGCUCGUUUGAAGCGCAAACGCAGCCGACCUUGGCACGAGGAUCGCGGUCCCUCUCACGUUCACGUUGGGUUUCAUGUAAAUCCCAACCCUGCGAAGAAAAGCAGGCAUGUUUGGCUUAGGGAGUGGAGAUUUCGGCUUCCUUCCUCGGUAGACCUGGUAGGCGAGAUCUCACUAUUAUCCACGGCUGAAUGGUGUUCAAAUAUUCCCGCAUCGAAGGACCUGGUAGGCGUGAACUCGCUGUUAGCUAUGGUCAGGGAACCUCUUAUUGAUAUAAACAACAAUGGGAAACGCAGGGACGUUCAGGUUGGGGAAGGUGGUCGUGAUUUUGCUGCAGAGGCGGCGGAAAUUCGUACGCUUCGUAUUACUCAACCAUUCUCUUCUCCGACGAGGCCAGCCGGCGAGUUGGCUGGGACUCCGAUCGGUAAGGGAAAGAGGGGCGUAUCUCCCCAACCCAGAAUUAUUGGGAUUUGCCGUGAUUGGGCGAACCAGCUCGGUUUGGAUUUCCCUCGUAUCUCGGAGAUAUUGGAUUGGGGCCGAUAUAUCAGCUCCCAACGAGAUUAUCCAAGCCGUGCUGCAUCGUUUCUUUACAUUCCUAAUCCUAGUCAAACUCCAACUCCUAACUGUACCGUGACUCUACGUAGCGGCUUACAGUGGGACUUGGGGGAUCUAUUUAUAAUCCUUUCACAAACGCCGAUUUCCUCAAGCUAUCGGCUUUGUGGACGACCUGCUACCAUUGAAGCUCCUGUUCUCUGGCCCUCGUUGAGAACCUGCUCAGGUAAUUGGUUGCCCCCUAAUGAAAGUUCUUUUAUUCCUUCUUGCCUCGCUUUGUCGAGAAUUUAUUCAUCUUGGCGAUACCCCGAUCCCGAUGUGUUGGUGAGUGCGACGUCAGGGGGUGUAUCUUUGGCAGCUAACCCGAUUCGCCUCUCUUGUUGUCAGGAGUUGCAAAUAAUGGCCCACGUUUCGGAUGAUCAAGUGGUUCAAUUCUCCCUCGAGGAGGUGCAAUCUACCCGUUUUCGUGCUUCUCGUACCCUUCUGGGGCGGCUUUUCACCAACGAUCACGUCACUACUAUGGAGCUCCGCGGAGGAUUGCUGGAUGCCUGGAAGAUACGCGGCCAACUCAAGGUGAUGAAGACGAAACAGGGGCUCUUUGAGAUCAUAAUGCCGAAUGAGGAAGCCAAGCAAUGGGCUCUUUCCAUAAAUCCGUGGAUUAUCAAGGAUCAAUUGCUGACUCUCCGCCAAUGGUCCCCUGUUAUCUCGAAAGGAGUAUUCGAGGAGAUGGCGAGAGCUCCCUUUCGUGUCCAGCUGUGGGGUGUUCAGGAGGACCUUUGUACCAAGCUGUUUGGGCAGAAGUUAAUUGCCGCAACCAUGGGCAAAGUUCUGGAUUCAGGGAUCUUUGCUUGCAAAGAUUCUGGUGAGCGGUUUAUCAAAGUUAACACAAUUAUUGAUUUCUCAAAGCCCCUUCGAUCGCAAUUAAUGGUGGUCUGUGAGGAGGUGGAUAGCUUUUGGGUGAGCCUCAAGUACGAAUUCUUGCCGAAUUUUUGCUUCCGCUGUGGUCGAGUUGGCCAUGCUCGCCGCGAUUGUAGCUAUGAUCCACCUAAUGGAAAAGAGCGGUUCGGACCGCAUAUGAUCACCAAGCAAGUGGGACGAAAGAUCUAUGAUGAGGAAGGAGCCGAUCCCCUUCCAGGGGGUCCCAGAAGGUCGGUGUGGGUCAACCGCCAGCACCAUAAUAAUAUAAAGGCGGAUCGAGGGGAGGUGGGCCCUGGGAUGAAGAAUGUGCCGCAGGCCGAGCCCUCGAGUGCUGCUGCAGGGGAGGCUCCAUUGGCGGCGAAGUUGACUGUGAACAAAGGGAAGAGUAAGGAACGAUCGCCGACCCGGCGUGGCAGUCCGGGGAGGGUGAUCCUUCACCGUCACCCCAAAGUCCGCAUUGGGAAGACUCGGCCGAAGUUGACACGUGCUAAGGAAGAUGGCCCGCAACUUGAUCCCUCCACCCACCCGAGGCACGCCAGCCCGCAGACCAACCCUCCAGCUUGUAUGGAAGCGGAAGCCGGCUCAGAGGAGGAUCAGUUCGUCAGGAUCCAGGCUGAAACGCGGCGCCGUCGGCUCCUUUUGGAUGCUGAUUCUGAUGAUGAUAUGCUCGAUGUACCGGGGGUGCAGGCUGGGGACGAGAUGUUGCGAGCGGAAAACCCUAGUCCGCCGAUGGAAGCUGAUAAUGCCCAGGGGAAGGGGAAACCUCGUCACACUAAUAACCCUCGGGGCAAAGUGGAUGGGAGCGAGGUCCCUCACAGGAAGGUCAAGGCGGCUUCAGGAUUAAAGAAGGAGAAGCCCUCGGUGGAAAUGGAUGAUGUUGGUCUUCCAGUGGGAGUUGGGGAUGUACCGCGCAAGAACAGGAAACCCCGCCGAUCGAAAUCCCAGCCCCUAGCAAACGAGGGGGCGGGUGUUGUGCCACGCUCCAUAUCGGUGGCUGUGGGUAUUGAGGAUAAGGGGGCUGUGCCACGUCCCCAGGCGGCGACUGUGAUAGGAGAAGUGAAGCCCAGAGUGGGGGUUGCUCGUGGCGGUCGGAAACUGAGGAAGGCUCACGGUGAUGUCGCGGGCUCUAGCCUUGGCACUGGAGAUUCCUCGCAGGCAGUGAAGGAAGGGAUGGGAAGGGAUAGUGAUGUGCUGGGGGAUGUGGGGCACCCUUGCCACCUUGGCACUCGAGAUUCCUCGCAGGCAGUGAAAGAAGGGAUGGGAAGGGAUAGUGAUGUGCUGGGGGAGGUGGGGCACCCUUGCCACCUUCCCGCCGGUGGCAUUAGGAGUUCUCCCCUCUUGGCGGACAGCAAAGAGGAAAAAUAUUUCAUCCACAACCACUUAGCAUUCACUGUAAAGUUUCACAGAGACUUGCAAACUGACUCUGCAAGAAUUGUGGGUUUUGAAGUGAAGCCAUACAGUAUUAAGCACGAAUAUGAGGGGAAAUGGGCCGAGGAUAAGACACGUCUAACCACCUGUGAUCCUCAUACUAAGCGUACUGUUAUCAACUCCAACACUCCUCAGGAAGUUGAUGACAAAAAGGAAAUUGUUUUCACUUAUGAUGUUGAAUUCCAGGAGAGCGAUGUGAAAUGGGCAUCAAGAUGGGAUGCAUAUCUUCUUAUGAGUGAUGAUCAAAUCCACUGGUUUUCAAUCGUCAACUCCUUGAUGAUUGUUCUCUUCCUCUCAGGCAUGGUAGCAAUGAUCAUGUUGAGGACACUUUACCGCGACAUCUCCAAGUACAACGAACUAGAGACCCAAGAAGAGGCUCAAGAAGAGACCGGAUGGAAACUCGUCCAUGGCGAUGUUUUCAGGCCACCAAUGAACUCGGAACUACUCUGUGUCUAUGUUGGAACUGGUGUCCAGUUCUUCUGCAUGAUCGUUGUCACUAUGCUCUUUGCCAUUCUCGGUUUCCUCUCCCCAUCAAACCGAGGUGGCCUCAUGACAGCCAUGCUUUUGCUCUGGGUCUUCAUGGGCCUGUUUGCUGGAUACGCAUCUUCCCGUCUCUACAAGCUAUUUAAAGGUGGCGAAUGGAAGAAAAUUGCCCUCCGAACUGCAAUCAUGUUCCCUGGGAUCAUCUCUGCCAUCUUCUUCGUCCUGAACGCUCUCAUAUGGGGCCAGAAGUCAUCCGGAGCUGUCCCCUUCGGUACAAUGUUCGCUUUGGUGUUCUUGUGGUUUGGUAUCUCGGUCCCACUCGUCUUUGUCGGAAGCUAUUUUGGAUUCAAGAAGCCAGCUCUGGAAGAUCCAGUAAAGACCAACAAAAUCCCCAGACAGAUUCCGGAGCAAGCUUGGUACAUGAACCCUGCCUUCUCGAUCCUGAUCGGUGGAAUACUCCCAUUCGGAGCCGUCUUCAUCGAGCUCUUCUUCAUCCUCACCUCGAUAUGGCUGAACCAGUUCUACUACAUCUUUGGAUUCCUCUUCUUGGUGUUCAUCAUCCUCAUCAUCACCUGCGCUGAGAUCACUGUCGUGCUCUGCUACUUCCAGCUGUGCAGCGAGGACUAUCUGUGGUGGUGGAGAUCUUACCUCACCUCAGGAUCUUCUGCAGUCUACCUGUUCCUCUAUGCCACGUUCUACUUCUUCACGAAGCUGGAAAUCACGAAGCUAGUCUCUGGAGUGUUGUACUUUGGUUACAUGCUGAUCGCUUCGUAUGCGUUCUUCGUCCUGACCGGCACAAUCGGUUUCUAUGCAUGCUUCUGGUUCACGAGGCUCAUCUACUCAUCCGUCAAGAUUGAUUGAUUGAUUGAAUCAUCAUCCGGGUUUUGUAAGCGAUCCUUCUGUGCUCCCCCCCAUUCCUUUAUUUUGAAGCCAAACAGGGUAAGAUUCACAAUUUUAGUAGAUAAAAGUUAAGAAUUGUUAUCAGGUGUAAAACUCUUGUUGCUCAUUUUUGUAUUUAGACAAUUGUCGUCGAGAGAUUAUGAUGUACUAGCCCUUUAACUGUUCACCUUCGUUCAUCUCCUGUUUUGCCUGUCGAUGAUUGUCGUCGUUCUUCGACCUUCGUCAAUAUGAUUGUCGUCGUUCUUCGUGUCGCACCCUCUGGGCACGAGGGAGUUUCUUGAACUCUGGAGUUCUAAACAGGCGUGGAGUUUUGCGAAAUCUGGGAGUUCAAAACCGGUCUGAAUUACGAACUUUUUUCACCAUUGG